AACUUCCUCUCUUCCAAUUCUUCUUCACCUGUCCCACUUCUCCGCCCCAUCCCUUUGACUUCUCUUUUCCCUUUUCCCCUUCAGAUUCCUCCAUUUGCACCCCAUUUGACCACUUUUCUCAUAAAACCCAUCAAAUCCCUCUUCUAGGUUCUUCAUUUCCUCUGUUUCUCAACCAACCCAUUUCUCCAUUCUCCAUUCUCCAUUUUCUCUUCUGGGUUUUCACCAAUGAACGAUUUAUUCUCCUCUCGCUCCUUUUCCCGCGACACCCAUGUCGUUGAAAUGGGCAACAACGCCUCCUCUUCCCCCACUGCUGUUAAUCUCGACAAGUUCUUUGAAGAUGUUGAGUCUGUUAAAGACGAGCUCAAGGAGCUUGAACGACUUUACUCCAACCUUCAUGACUCCCAUGAACAGAGCAAGACCCUUCACAAUGCUAAGACUGUCAAGGACCUCCGAUCUCGCAUGGAUUCUGAUGUUUCCCUUGCUCUUAAGAAGGCUAAACUCAUCAAGGUCCGAUUGGAGGCUCUUGAUCGCUCCAAUGCUGCCAACCGGAGCCUCCCUGGUUGUGGUCCUGGUUCCUCUUCUGAUCGGACUCGGACUUCUGUAGUCAACGGUUUGAGGAAGAAGUUGCAGGAUUCUAUGGAGAGUUUUAACAAUCUUAGGCAACAGAUCUCCUCUGAGUACAGGGAGACCGUUCAGCGAAGAUAUUACACUGUUACUGGUGAAAAUCCGGACGAGAAAACCAUUGAUGUCUUGAUAUCUACAGGUGAAAGUGAGACAUUCUUGCAGAAAGCCAUUCAAGAACAAGGCAGAGGCAGAAUCUUAGACACCAUUAGUGAGAUCCAGGAGAGGCAUGAUGCUGUGAAAGACCUGGAAAGGAACCUCAAAGAGCUGCACCAGGUUUUCAUGGACAUGGCAGUUUUGGUGCACGAACAAGGCGAGAAACUUGACGACAUCGAAAGCCAAGUGAACAGGGCUCAUUCUUUUGUUCGAGGUGGCACGCAGGAGUUGACAACAGCCAGAGUAUACCAGAAAAACACCCGGAAAUGGACAAUUAUUGCCAUCAUCAUUUUGCUGCUCAUUGUCUUGGUGAUUGUCCUCAGCCUGCAGCCUUGGAAGAAAAAUAACAGUAGUUCACCCGCAACACCCUAAAACGCCUCGUGUAAAGCCUCUUUCCUACGAAGUCCAAUGAGUCGUCUCCUACCGAGCACUCACACCAUACCGCUGUAUGUUACUGCCCAUAUUAUUUGAGACAACAGGAUCUUAUUAUCUACUUUUACCCCAUUUUGUUUCCAUUUUUUCAUUAGUAUCCAUUAUUUCUUUAAUUCUAUAACAGUUUAGACAUGAAGAGGUUAGAUGGAGAAUGGCUUGAUUGAUGAAAAACCUUGAGGUCUUGAUGUCAUUGAAUAGGAAGGAUUUGUUCCUGUUGGAUUAAACAUUGUUGUAUACACCCUUUGGAUUUUAGAUUCUUCUGUGUAAUAGAUUUCAUACUUUUUUCCUUCUCUUUUGAGUGAUUUUGUUUAUAAUAUUAUCUUCUUUCUCUA